UCUGCUUUUUCGCUAUACAAUGGACUUUUAUUCAGUUUGGUAGCUAGUAAGGUCAGGCACACUCUUUGAAACAUUUUUAAAUAACUGAGGCAGGGAACUAUGAAGAGUACGUUUCAUUUGUAUUUUGGAUAAGCAUGAAUUCAGUAGUCACAAGCCACAACGAUAAAGCAUACCGAUUAGUGCCUUUAAAUUUAUCUAAUCUGUUUUUGAAUUGCAAAUGUUUAGUUAAUAGACACACAUUCUUCAAUAUCAAAUUAUCAGUAUAUACUUAUCAAAAAAAAAAAAAAAAUCAAAUUGUUAGUAGCUUUUUAGCAAAUUCAACUUAAUAAAUGGACAUUUUAAUGCAUGUCCAUUAUAAAAUCUACAAGAUCUCUCUCUCCCUCUCUCUCUCUCUCAAUUUUUAUUUUUAUUUUAUUUUUUUAUUUUUAUUUUUAUAAUUUUCAACUAUAUAUUCAGUUCCAAAGUCUCGUUAGUCAUAUAUUACUUGGGUUGCACCCUUAGUUUCUUGCUAGGUGCCUAUUAUUGCAUUCUGUUUAUUUAACUUAACAGUUCCAUUAACCAUAUAUACUUGUAUUUAUUGUUGAUAUCUAUGAGUUUAUGUGAUACCUUCAAAGUUUUAGGUUCUAAACUCACAAUUAUUUCCUUUCCUAAAAGAUAAAAACGCAAAUAUAUUAAUCAAGAGUUCUAUUUCAUCAUCAUGUUCAAGUUCAACAUCAACCAUACAGCUUUCAACUCCUCAAUUUUUGUUAUAAGAAUAAAUCUACUUAAAGUUCAAUGUUUUCAUGUGUCUUUGACUAUGAAGUAUGUAGCAUUUUCAUUCUCUAAUUCCUAACCUUAAACUACAUUUUAAAGAAUUAAUAUGAUAAUUAAUUAAAUAUGUUCUUUCUCAAAUUUGAUUUUUGAUCGAAACUAUUAAAAAUAGUUAAAGAUACUUGUAUUGUUGGAUCAUUGUACCAUGGAUGAUGUUGUGUAACAUGAGAUAUAUUGGAGAUAAGACACACGUAGUUACCCCUUGAAAUAAGGCAUGUAUUAGUAAAACAUGAUGUUUUACAUAAAAAAAUGUUCAUGUCAUUGUUUUGUUUUGUUUUGUGCAUUUUAAGUUUUUAACAAUUAUUCCAAUUAACAUAAAUAUUACCUUGAAGUUGGGAUUGUUCAGAAAUUUUUUGGGUAUUUUUUUACAUUUUUUUCUUUUUUCUUGGUGAGGGAAGAGGAUAAGGGCUAGUAUUGUGGUUGUUAAAAACAAUUAGGGGGGUUCAUGAAAAUCCAUAUGGUAAGGAUGACAAUGGAGUCGAUGCCCCUUCAGGAGUGGUUUGGGAAAGGCAAAAUCUAGGUAAGGGUCGGUUCAAGAUUUUUUCCCCUUAAGCUAGAGUUGGUUUCUAUCUAAUUAAAUUUUAUAACAUCCCAUCUCAUAUAUUUAUUUACAUUUAUGCCCUUAAAGAAUCCCUUUGUUGCAAAAGAACCGGCUAUAAAAGGAAAAUGUUUUCCUAAUCUCAUACUCUCAUUUCACAAACACAACCUUCCUCCUUCACGGUCUAGCCCUAACCCUAAGUCACAUAGUGCCAAUGUCGUCCUCCUCCCAAGCACCAGCUGCUCGGCGCACCCUCAAUCGCGGACGUGUUGCCUCAUCACUUUGUCACAUUGACCCUCAAGGUCAAUCUGAUCAACAAAUUGAAGGAGUACCAGAGUUCAUACAUAUCAAUAGGAAUGAUUUCUCAUAUAGAAAACACAUAAAGCAGAAGGAAAAUGAUAUUGCCAUCUGUGAAUGCAAGUACAAAGCCAAUGAUCCAGAUAGUGCAUGUGGAGAGAGGUGCUGGAAUGUAUUAACUAGCAUAGAGUGCACGCCUCGCUAUUGUCCAUGCAGCAUCCAUUGCAAGAAUCAGAGAUUUCAGAAACGUGAAUAUGCUAAAACGAAGUUGUUCAGGGCUGAAGGCCGUGGGUGGGGUCUUUUGGCUACAGAGAACAUUAAGGCUGGAGAAUUUGUUAUGGAGUACUGUGGAGAAGUGAUUUCACGGACAGAAGCAAGGGGAAGGUCCCAAGUUUAUGUAUCACAAGGCCUUAAGGAUGUAUAUAUAAUUCCUCUGAAUGCUAGGGAAUGCAUUGAUGCAACCAAAAAAGGAAACCUGGCUAGGUUUAUAAACCACUCAUGCCAACCAAAUUGUGAGACAAUGAAGUGGUCAGUUUUGGGGGAAGAUAGAGUUGGCAUUUUUGCAUUGAGAAAUAUAUCAGUUGGAACGGAACUGACUUACAGUUACAACUUUGAAUGGUAUAGUGGUGCCAAGGUUCGCUGCCUUUGUGGGGCAACCAGAUGCUCAGGUUUUCUUGGGGGGAAGCCUUGUGGAUUCCAGGAGGAUUCGUUUGCAUGGGAGAAGAACAAUGAGAGAUACUCAGGGGGGGAUAAACCUUCUUCUUCGCUGGGGCCAAAAAAAAGAUUAAAACAUGAUCAUAAUGGAGGGUCAAGACCCCUCCCAGGAAAGCAAGUUGAUGCAAAAUAUGUUGCCCAAUUCUUAGCAUCAAAGGAUGCUCAAGAGGAGGUCUUAAAAAAUGAGGAAGAAAGGAAGGAGGCCUUGUCCCAUCUGGCCUCUGUGUACAGGGAGAUUGAGCCUGCUAUAGAAGAUCAUGAUAUGUAUGGUCCAGCCAAUGUGCUAACUGAUGUGGCAGAGCAAUGGAUAGGGGCCAGCUGCCGGAAACUGAAGGCAGAGUUUAACCUUCAUUCCUCUAUCAUCAGAAAUCUUAUCUGCCCACCUCAAAGAGCACCAGAAGAUGCAAAGCCCUCAGCAGGAGACCCUGAUCAUGAAAUCAAGUGAUUGAAAAGACCAAAAUUUUCAAUUUUGUUAGCCCUUUAGAAGCUUGGUUGUUUUAAUUGAAGAUUAUUAUUUUCUUUAGCUGGUUCCUGCCAUUUAUUUGUUUUGUUGUGAAACAUUUGCUCUGAUCAAACUUCAAAUGUCUAAUUGAUGCUUUAAGUUUUGAAUAA